CGUUCAAGACCAUCAACUCCACAGCAUAAGCUUCCCCAUUUUUGUUGUAGCUAGCUAGCAAGCCAUGGCCACCGCACAAGCGAACCCUUCCUACUACCAGCGCUCCCGUGUUACCCAGCAGAUAGAGCAGACCGAGCAUACCUUCAAGCUGUACAUGUACCAGUACUUCCAGCCAGGAAACAACAACCAGAGGGUGCUGCUGGUUUCUGGAGCUCCCAAUGCUUUCGGUAACAUCACUGCGCUUGACUGGACCAUACAUGAUGCUCAAAGCCCCACGUCGAAGAUCGUCGCGCGCGCGCAGGGCAUGGCCCUUGGGUCCGAACUAUCGGCCAUUCGUUAUUUCAUCUGCACCAACAUUAACUUCACCGAUGAGAGGUUUAAGGGGUCCAGCCUUAAGAUACUCGGAAGCUUCAUAGAUAGCGACGACGACGAAUGGGCAAUCGUUGGUGGAAGCGGAGAGUUUUCGUACGCACAGGGUGCGGUGAAAUACAAAGUACUCCAGAGCAGCAACGGUACGAUUGUGAGGGAGCUUAAUAUCCGUGUGCUGUGCCAGAACAUGCCACCACCGUCUGCACAUAAGGAUGUGCCUGCCGUGGGCGGGGAUGGAGGGGAUGAGUUUGACGUCAAAGAGGCACCCCAGCGUCUAGAGAGUGUGACAAUCAAAAGCGGCGAAACAAUCGAUUCGAUUGCGUUCACCUACACCGAUAACGCUGGUAAGAAGCAAACAUCGGGUCCAUGGGGUGGUAAAGGCGGAGACGAGAAAACGAUCACGUUUGCUCCUGCAGAGACCCUGAUCAGGGUUGACGGAACAACCAAUUACUUUCAAGGAAAAGUGGCCGUGACCUCGCUUACCUUUGUCACCAACCUGACCACAUAUGAGACUCUGGGAAAGGGAAAGGACACGGGCGUUGAGUUCACCUUGCCUAGUACCGAAGGUGGAAAUGUCGCGGCCUUCUUUGGGCGCGCUGGUUCUUUUCUCCACGCGCUUGGUGUGUACACAGCCUAAUAAUCUCUUGAAGAUUACUACCGCUACGAGUGUCCUUCAUUCCCUCCAAGAACCUAAUUAUUAUUGUGUCACGCGACGCCUUCUUUACUGGCUUUCCAAAUGUUUCAACAGUAAGAAUACGGACACUAGUGAUUUCCUCAUCUAAUUGAGUACCUUGUUGUUUUAGUAUGCAA